AUGAAAAACUGGCAAAAGUUAGAUGAUAAACGUAUUAAAUAUAUAUAUCAGUUGAAAAAUUUAAACUCAGAACUGGCGUCAUUUGAAAGCUUAAUUAAAGAGAACCAAAAAGAACUUAAACAGGCAGAACAACAGCAGCAAGAACAAAAUCGAUUAUUAGAGAAUUUCAUCAGAUUAAAUCGAGAUUUAGAAAAUAGUUUGACUCUAAAGGCUGAUGAAUGUGAACAACUCCAACAACAAAAAGAAGACGCCAGGGAGGAAGUAAAUCAAGCUAUUAAUGCACAAAAACAAGCUGAACAAUUGCUAGCACAAUUACAAAAUGAAGAACGUGAAUUAAUAAAUCAAGAAGCACAAGCUAAGAGAGAAGAACAGGAUGCACUCCAACAACAAAAUAAUGCUCAACAUGAAGUGAACAUUGCAGAACAAAAAGUUCAGCAGGCUAAAGCAAAACUAGACGAAAAAGAACAUAAGCUUAACAGCUGUCAAGUACAUAAGUUUUUAUUUUGGAAAUUUGGAGAAGAGGAAAAAAGAGAAAGACAACAAGCUGUUAAUGAUGUCAGGCAUGAACUGGAACAAGCAGAACAAAAACUGGAAAACAAAAAGAAAAUCUUAUCAGAUAAUAAACAAAAAUACCAUACGGCUCAAAAUAGAACUGUUGAUUUGAGUAACCGAUUGAAGCAAAAAAUAGAAGACCGCGUCAAACAAGAUCAACAAUUAACGGUUAUAGUAAAUGAUGUCGCCAGAUGUAGGAGUAAACUUGAUAGUAAAUCUGCUCAACAUCGAGAUGCAACAGUGGAAUAUAAGAAGCUCGAAAUUGAAAAGAAAAGUACAGAGAGCAAAAUGGAAGAUACUCGUGCGAAAAUAGUUACACUGACUAGUGAAAUAGAUAAAUAUCGGCAAGAUCUAGCUGAGAAUCAAUCACUGAAAAAGAAAAAGUCAGAAGAAAUAGAAACAAUGACAGAAACAAUCAAGAACCAUAAAGAAGCUAUGGAAGAACAUCAAGAAUUGAUAGCUUCCAAUCAAAAGAAGCUCACUGAUAAUGCAAGUGAUCUUACAGUAAAACAAACAAAUCUUCAAAUAACGAAAAAAAAAUUCCAAGAUUUAAAACAGUCACUUUCUGAUAAAGAAAGCAACGAAAAAUCCAAACGGCUUGAAAUCAAAAAUGAACAAAAUAUGCUCGAAACAAAUGAAAAAAGUGUAGAAGAAUUAAAAAAAGAAAUUGCGGAAAAGCGUAAUCAAGUGGAAAUAAAAGCACAGCGGUUCGCAGGUAAUAAAACUGAGCUAGCUCGACUUGAAGCGAGUUUAAAAGAUUUACAAAAAGAAAAAGAAAAGCAUGAACAAGAUUUGAGUGACUCUAAAAACAAAUUAGAAAAAAACAAUAUAUUGUUGAGAGAAAAAAAUGCAGCUGUUGAACAACAAAUAAUUAAAUUGGAGUCUCUUACCGAAAAAUUAUCUUUAUUAGAAGCACAAGAAAGGAAGCUAGGAAAUGAAAUAGAAUAUUUACAAGAAAAAAUUGCCCGUAAAGACCGCGAAAUGGAACGAAACAAUAAGAAUAUUGAAAAUAUUCAGAAAAAGAUACGAGAUUUGCAUUCAGAAAAGCAACAACUUCAAGCAACCAUGACUACAUCUCAGGAAAAAAUACGAUUUCUUAAUGAAGAUAUAAAGCAAAAUCAUAAUGCGAUGAUUGAAAAAGAAGAAAAAUGUACUCAUGUAAAGGAAGAUCUACAACGUUCACUGAAACAUAUGCAAAGUCAUGAAGACGUACGUAAACAAGGGUUCGAUAGAGUUAUACAAUGCGAACGGGCCCUAACCGAUAUCCAUAAAAAUUACUAUGAUUUUUAUUAUGAAAUUCAAGAAAAAACGAACGAAAUUCUCAAACAAGAUUUACAGCAUCGGCCAGAUGCGGUGGAGCGCAUAAAAUCCAAUUAUUAUUCAGACAGUAAUACACAGCCUAUUACAAAGCCAAAAUUAUGGCAAAAUUAA